AUGAGUGGUUGCUAUGGAGACGUCGCCAGCUCCUCACAGGUGCAAACGAUACUUGAACAGCAGCAAGAGGCUAUACAGCUUAUGACUUCCUCAAUACAGAGAGACAUCAACAGUUCUGUUAAUUACGUAAAGGUUAUGAAGCGCCUCCCCCUUCAUUGCAGCCAAAAUGGGCCGAUAGAGCUGGAACGCUUGUAACCUGAGAUCAGGCUCUAUUUUCGUUUCACUUUGAAAAUUACAUUCCGGCGGGCAAGGCGAAACGAAAAGAGAGCCUGAUACAAACCUUCUACGAAACGUCUGCCGCCCACUUUUUUGAUUGAUUGACAUUUGCGAAUCAGCCAACCAAAAAUAACUUCCGUUGCUUGUUUUUCUAGUAUGCAAAUUUUUCACGCGUGGGAAAAAUGCAGACCGGCUGACUUAAAAAGUAGCUUUUAUCUGUUAAUUUUUUCAGCUACAAAUAAAGCAGUCAGCUUCCCUGCUAGCAGAGGUCUCUCACGGCGAGGCAAAAAUGCCUCGCCGUGAGAGACCUCUGCUAGCAGGGAAGCAGUCAGCACAAUCACAUUUAACUUCUUGCGAGAUUAAGGGAGAUCUCGAACGUUAUUUCUGUUGGCAUAGAAGGUAAAAAGUUUUCGAAAAGACGGCAACACGAUGUUCUACUAGUUUUAUUAUUUUGGCUAGGCGCGCUCGGAUUUAAAAUACUGAAAUUUCUAGUUUUCUGUUACCUUAUAUUUUCCUCGGUAAUUUCCCCGAUUUUCAGUACAUAAAUCUUUAAAAACAAAAGUAAACAGCCAACAAGCGAGGACACCAGUUUUCCUGGUUUAUAUUUUACAAAAAGCGAAGGCAAACAACCAGUCUGUUACCUUAACCCACCAGCUUUUAUAAUAAUGCCUACAAAAAUUCCUUGAAUAGCGAUGCGAUAUUUUUCGUCUAAUACUUCACAGUUGGCGAUUGAGGUUUCUUUCGCAGUGAGCCUCAGCUUGCGUACCCCGUUCAGAGACGUCAUUCCCUGCUAAACUUUCAGAUGCAACCAGUUUUAAGAUGGACAGUAGUUUUAUUUGCACUCGUUUGUUGGUAAAUCAAAAGGCUUCUUGUUAGCGGUCAAUAACUUGCAGAGGGAUUCAACUCCGCGAUACACUCACAUUAGUUCCGUAAAGAAAGCAAAUCCUGAGAAGAUAUGAACAACCAUAAGAAUUUUCUGAAUUUCCGUGGCACAUAUUAAGGCAUAUUUUCCUACCAUAAGACCAUAAAACAAUAAAAAAGACAGCAAAGUCGAUCCUUCUCUCCGCCGACGACGGAUCAUUCACGAAAACAACCACGCGAGGAAUAAGCGCUUUCAACUUCCGGCGUUUCGCUGUCGGUUAGUCUAGAACACCGUAACAAGAUUGUCGGUUAGUCGCAAUGCCGGUUUUAGUGGCCGUAACGAGCACAAACGUGAGAGAGUUUGUAUCAGGCCCAAUUUUAGCGGUAGCCGUUAGAGAGAAAGUAUGAGAACCGCUAAGAUUGGGCCUGAUCUCAGGUUAGAACGGUUGCGCUAAGUGGUACGGUGCCCACCUUUUCACAUUUGGUUAACUUUGUCGAAGAGCUAUGUUGCCGAACACGAUGUAUGGGGAGUUAGUUGGGUCAACACCGGAUAUUGAUCGAGGUGAAAGUCAGUGUCGAAAAGGAAGAAACCGUCCAGCCUGCGCGCCAUGGGAGGUACCAUUUCCACGCAGUGAGGACUGGAGCACAGUGGGCAUUUGAGGCAAAGAAAUGUACCUUGGGCUGAGUUACUUCUCCGACGUCCACGCUCUGAGGCCAUAUCUGCCGGGUUUGAACUGCUGCCCACAUGUAUCUACUGUCGAGGAGAAGAUGGGGUGGAUACUCGAAAAAGAGAAUUUUUGUUGCCUACUGUUUAUGGCACGUCGGACACUUAGGAACCUUAGGAAACAAGAACGCUCUAAAAGCGUGAAGUCUCGCUUGCUUUGAGAUAGAUAAGAAGUGAGGAGGCGAUUUAUUGUACACGAAGCAAGAUUUCCUUGCUAAAGUUUCUCACUUCCUUCCUUAUCAACGGUCGAGUUUUCUUCAAGAGAGGUCAAGGAAUCGGGGAGAGAGAGAAUGGAAAUGUGGCUUUUUCCUCUGGAAAAAGAAGGAGGACUGGCCUGCGCAUCCCACUCAGUUGCCGGAAUUGUCUGGCGAACACAAAGAGCUUAAGCCGAAUGUUGGUCAAGCAAAUGUGAUCGUCUGUGAUGAGAGUUUUGCGGCGAGGUUCUCCCGUUAUUCCUCGUGGGAUAGCCUUAGAAAGGCAAUUGCCGGGUUGCUACGUUUGAAGAACUGCUUGUCCAGUUAUGUUACGAGGUUUCCAGGCAUUGUUAUUGGAGGGCCUUUGUCUGUCGCUGAAAUUGGUGUCACGGAAAGUUGCCUUGUCAGAAUUGUUCAAAGGGAAGCGACCCGAGAACGCCCAGAUGUCAUUUGA